GCGGAUUUUAGCCACACUGUGCUAUGAACAUCUUUAACACUGCGAUAAGCGAUUUCCAAAGUCCAAACGCAUAUAUGAUGUGAAAUAGUUGGGAAAUUGUAGUUUGUAGUGCAACUAAUCGACGAGAUGGGGCGACACUGCGGGAGGAUUGAGGCAGGUUGCCAAUGGCGGCAAUGUUGGGAGAGUGCGGUCUUGUUGUGUUAUGGGUUCAUGUCGUUAUGGCCAGAUUUUCCCGCGCUUGCGGCUAUACACCGACGCUUUUGCCAAAAGUCUUUGAUAUAUUUACAAUGUUUGAUCAGCGAUAGCUGUUAGAUAAUUUUAUUUUUGUUAAAGAAAACGCUGAAAUACGCAAACUUUGAUCAAACUUACAGAACUUAGUAAAUCCACUUUAGUAGAAACUAAAAUAAGAAAGUUUUGUAGUCUGUUGAUUCUUUGACUGUAGUUACAUUCUUUGAAGGAUCUCGUAUUAUCAAAACCUAUAACAAUGGAUAAUUUUGAGGAGGAUCAGAGAUCCAAAGACUUGGAGAAUCAAUACAGCAACUUCUUGGAUGAUGAGCAAGACCAAGGAACGUAUACAGGUUUAGUGAAAAAUAUGAUAGAGGAAAAGAAGUAUAGAUUAAUUGUAAAUAUUAAUGAUCUUCGAAAGAAAAAUCCUGAACGAGCUGCUAGUUUACUAAACUCAUCCUUUGAAGAGCUGAUACCCUUUCAAAAAGCGUUAAAGAAUUGUGUGAGUGUUAUCGACACAGAAUAUGCCAAAGGAAAUACUGAAUUUUUUGUCGGCUUUGAAGGCAGUUUUGGUAAUAAGCAUACAACUCCAAGAACAUUAACUUCUAAAUAUUUAGGAAACAUGGUAUGCGUGGAAGGAAUUGUUGUCAAAUGUUCUCUGGUCAGACCAAAAGUAGUUAGAAGUGUUCAUUAUUGCAGUGUUACAGAAAGCAUUGUUGAGAGAGCAUAUAGUGAUUUGACAUCUUUCGAGGCAUUUCCAGCAUCUGCUGUGUAUCCUACACAGGACGAAGACGGAAAUCCUCUGGAAACUGAAUACGGUAUUUCUACAUACAAAGAUCAUCAAACACUUACUAUUCAAGAAAUGCCUGAAAAAGCUCCAGCUGGUCAAUUACCAAGAAGUGUUGACGUAGUAUGUGAUGAUGAUUUAGUAGACCUAUGUAAACCAGGAGACAGAAUACAAGUUGUAGGAAAUUACCGCUGCCUUCCAGCUAAAAAGAAUGGAUAUACCUCAGGUGCCUUUAGAACUGUUUUGAUAGCUAAUAAUAUUUCACAACUGUCAAAAGAAGCAGAAUUACAUAUUUCUCACGAUGACGUGACAUUGUGUAAAAAUCUUUCUAAAAGCAAAGCACAAAAAAAUAUUUUUGAACUGCUGAGUAAAUCUCUAGCCCCGUCGAUUCACGGCCAUGAAUAUGUUAAAAAAGCAAUUUUGUGUCUGUUACUGGGUGGUACUGAAAAAAUAUUAGCCAAUGGCACCAGACUUAGAGGAGAUAUAAAUGUACUUUUGAUUGGAGAUCCGUCAGUGGCAAAGUCCCAGCUACUGCGAUACGUACUGAGCAUUGCACCUCGCGCAAUCACGACCACUGGUCGAGGAUCAUCUGGUGUUGGUCUGACGGCUGCCGUGACAUCCGACACAGAAACUGGUGAGCGCAGAUUAGAAGCCGGUGCUAUGGUCUUGGCUGAUCGAGGUGUCAUCUGCAUCGACGAGUUUGAUAAAAUGUCGGAUAUCGACAGAACAGCCAUUCACGAAGUUAUGGAACAAGGCCGAGUAACCAUUGCCAAAGCAGGAAUUCACGCAAGCUUAAACGCCAGAUGCUCGGUAUUGGCAGCUGCGAAUCCCGUGUACGGACGCUACGAUCAAUAUAAAUCUCCUAUGGAAAACAUUGGGUUACAAGAUUCGCUGCUUUCUCGAUUCGAUUUGUUAUUUGUUAUGCUUGAUACAAUAGAUGCGGAUGUCGAUCAUAUCAUCAGCGAUUUUGUCGUUCGCAUGCAUAGAUAUCGUAAUCCUGCAGAGCAAGAAGGCGAAGCACUGCCGUUUAAUGUUGGACUGGAAUAUCUUAGUACUAAAAAUCCUGAUGCAGAAGAUUUACAAGAAGAAGAAACUCAAGUUUAUGAAACGUACGAUCCACUCUUGCAUGGAAAGUCCCGCAAGAAAAGCGAUCAAAUUUUGACGGUCAAGUUCAUGAGAAAAUACAUACAUAUUGCUCGCUGCAUGAAACCAAAGCUUACGGAAGAAGCUUGUCAGUGCAUUACAGAAGAGUAUUCUCGACUUAGAUCAGAGGAAGGAGUGGAGGACAACGUUGCAAGGACUCAACCAAUAACUCCUCGAACGUUGGAAACAAUGAUUCGGUUAUCAACCGCUCACGCUAAAGCUCGUUUAUCCAAAAACGUAACCAAGGAAGAUGCACGAGCUGCUAUCGCAUUGGUGCAAUACGCAUACUUCAAGAAAGUUUUGGAUAAAGAUAAGAAGAGGCGUAGGAAAGACAGCGAAGCUGACAGUGAUAUAGAAGAUGAAGUCGAAGAAGCACACAGAAAGCCCAAGCGUACGAAAAAACAAAAUCCUCCACCUGGAGAACCCGGUCACGAUCCUUACGCUUACGAUGAGGAUGAUGAUGAUUAUUCUCACGUAGACCAAGUAGUUGAGCAGGCAAUGCGUGAUCAAACUAAACCUUUACCAAAAGGUACGCAAGACGCUGUUACUAAAGUUGCGUCACAAGAAAUCGACAGUCAGAGGAUGCAAGAAUUCACUAAAUUACUGUUAAAAAUGUUCCAAGAGAAAAGAACGGAUAAUUUGACAUUGAACGAUGUUCAUGAACAUGCCAAUUCGAAAAUGUCAUCUCCGUUCUCUGAAGAUGAAAUCAAAGCAGCCCUCCAUAAAAUGUCAGAUGAGAACAAAAUUAUGGUCGCUGAUGAUAAUAUAAUUUUAAUUUAAUGUUGGUAUAUAUUUUAUUCAUUUGAAUUAAUUUUAUUAACUUUUUAUCUUUUGUAAUUAUGUAAUUCGUGUUUAUUGCGCGAAAGACAAUCAAGUAUUGAUUUCUUCAAAAUAAAAUAGGUAUCGACAUUUUUUAAAUAA